AUGUCACUCUCUGGCACAAGUGGACGCCCUGCUUGGUUGCCAUUGCAGUCCCAAUCGAGAGUUGACCAAGACCCGCUCCUCCCCACCCAUGAAUUCUCGCCGAGUGUGGAGAAUGAGGAGGACUACGAAAUAGAGCGGUUCUCCGAAAAGAAAGAGAGCUGGAGACAGCGGUUGUGGCGCUACAAGUGGUACUCGCUCGUCGUCCCGCUUAGCUUACUGGCGCUAGUCUUACUUGGCUCGAGGAGAGCGAGCAAACCUAGCCAGCCAGAGCGAGAAAAGCCCCCCCAUCCCACAACACUACCGAACCUCGCUGCCUCCCCCCACACCAAAAUCGACCUGUUGCUGUCCAGCCAAUCGUCCACGCUCGCCCAAGCCACCUCCAGGUAUCGACUACGCAACGGGCGCGAGCCUCCACCCAACUUCUCCCAGUGGUUUGACUACGCGCGAGAGCACUCAUGUCUCAUCGACGAGUACCACCAAAUUGCUCAAGACUUCGAGCCAUUCUACCAGCUCGCGAAAGAGGACCCGGAGUACUUCAAAAGGAUGCUCAGUAAAGCCUCAGACAUCGUUCAUGCUAAUGGACUGGGCAUGACUACGGGAGCCUUUGAGAACGGUGCCUUCAAAUAUACGGACUUCCACGGCGUCAUGUAUACCAAUUCCUGGCCGCGCACAUUUGGAAGACUAGCGCCGUUCAUGCCCAAUAUGUCACUCGUUCUCAAUAGUCGCGACGAACCGCGUGUCCUCUUCAAUCACCGCAAGAUUCUCCCCGACAUGAAGCACCAGGCGCUUGUGGAGACAGACCCGCAUCCUUUUCACCACUCGCCAACACCGACCGACCAAUACUUCCGCGAUGAAAUGGGCUGCCUGAUACCGAAUGCGCCAAAGGGUUUUACGGAUCCAGGAAAUAACUCUAGUGCUUUUAUGCUUUACUCUUCAAGCACCGAGUUCACAACCAGCUUAUACCCCGUCCUCAGCGUGACGAAGAUUUCCCCUUGUUUCUCGGAUUUGGUCGUCCCCAGCGAGUUCUACUACUCCGACUCCGAGUUUGCGGCCUUCUACGCGUACAAGGACAAUGUGGACUGGCGGAAAAAAGAAGAGAAGCUUUACUGGCGCGGCUCAUCGACUGGCGGGCACAUCUACAACGACAACUACCACCACUUCCCGCGCUUUAAACUCGUCGACAUCUCCCGCACUGAACGAGGAGGUCCUUUGAUGGAUGUGGCGCUGAGCGCUUUCCAUGACUACCUCUGCGGUGCGGGCUGCGAUGCCCGCGUUUUGAUGGAGAAGUAUGGUGCUGUUCGGGCGGGGACGGAGGUUAAACGGCCCCGGGAGGAGGUAUACAAGUACAAGUACCUUAUGGAUGUGGACGGCAACUCGUUUUCGGGGAGAUAUAUUGGGCUGCUGAAGAGCGGGUCGUUGGUAUUCAAGUCUACGGUCUUUACGGAAUUCUUUUCACAGUGGCUCGUGCCGUUCGAGCACUACAUUCCCGUCCUGCCGGACUUGUCUGACUUACUGGACAAGAUUGAGUGGGCGAAGAACAACGAUGCGGAGGCCCGGGCGAUCCAGAAGGCGGGCAAAGAGUUUGCAGAGCGGGUGUUGACGGACGGGCAGAUGGACUGUUAUUUCGCGCUGGCGAUGUUAGAGUGGGGGAGGUUACAAGCGAUGGCGGAAGCAGCGGAGGAAGCGCGGGUCAAGACGGAUAAAGGGAAGAGUAAGGGUGAAGGGGAGGCGUUGGACUGA